AUGCGAAAUGACCCUGCGUGGAUUAGUUACUCUCUGAACCAGGAGCAUUUUACCGACCUUGACACCACGCCAGAUGAGGAUGAGGAUGAGAGCAAGAGAGCACAAGUAUUUUCAGGACCAGUUCCACACAAUGCUUCUGAUCCCGAAAAUGCUGAUUUCUUGAUUGCAACUCAACUGGCAAAGCUAUCAGUCGCUGAUCGAGAAAAGGUGUACAAUGACGUCCAUGGGAUACCAGACGACUGUGUCGAGGAAACUCCAGAACUAAUUCACAACAGUUUGUGGGGAUUGCAACACGAGAUCGAUAUUUUACCCGACAAGAAAGCAUACAACAUUGCUGAACGACUAAAUCCAAAAUAUACCCACGAUAGAGAGUUUCGACUUGCGUUUCUUCGAUGCGAGAAGUUUGAUUGUCAAAAGGCAGCACUUCGGUUUGUCCGUCACUUUCAGAUGAAGCUGGACUUGUUUGGACAUGAUAAGCUUGCGAAGGAUAUUACUCAAGAUGAUUUGGACAUGGAUACCAUGGAUUGCCUCUAUAGCUCUAGCGGGAGAUUCUUGAACGCGUAUGAUACGCGGGGAAGAGUCAUCAAUAUGCAGGUUCAAAUACGCAAAGCGUACAAGACCGACACGAUUCUUCGAAAGGCCUUUUAUAACUUCAUGACAGCAUGCCGCCGUGGCGUGGACAUACAACGGCGUGGCUUUGUAAAUGUCAGUAUCCACCCUGGAGAUGAAAUUAAGGGCACGAGUGCGGAAAAUGCUGACCUUUAUUGGAAGUUGCCAAAGCUAAAUGAAGGAGUUCCCAUGUGCCUCUCGGCUGUACAUCUAUGUUACACUACUAAAGGAGCAUGGGAAGGUCGUCUUGCAGUGGCCAAGACUGCGCUCAGCAAAGAAAACCAAGUGAGAUGUAGGGCGCAUUGUGGCCCGAUUCUCAAAUGCUUUGAAGAACUGCGUGGUCAUGGAAUCGACCCAUCAUGCAUACCUGUGAACAACAAAGGCGAGAUUACCGACCUUGUUAAAGAUCGCAAGGUAAUCGAACAACAAAGGCGGCAGGAGCGCUUGAAGUAUCCUACUCAUAGCUCGAUUGCUGUUCCAUUUUGCGAGGACGUUCUGUUGGGCAAGGGCACCCCAUUUCAGAUCCAUCAUGGCAACAAAAAAUUGCAACAGUUUGUAGCAGAUCGGUUAAAGAAGUACGAAAGGGCGCAAAAAGGGACAAAGAAGGCUGUUGCCCAUGAAAUCAUUGCUGUCGUUAGAAGCAACGGAGGCCUUUUCCUAAAACAAGAUGGCAACUGGUGGGUUCCAGUCACCGAUGAUGUCUCGCUAUUGAAAGUGGGCGCCCUUUUUCGAUAUUUGCGGUUGAAGAGUGGAACAAAGUAG